CUGGACGGUCAACGUUAACCCCACGCACGCUUCUUCUCCCCCAGUUCAAGUGCCACACCGGCCGCUCGUCGCCUUCCCAUCUCGCCGCGCCAUGGAUUUCUGCAGCCACCUCCGUCUCGCGGCUGUGCUCGCGCUCCUCACCGGAUGCGCUUCUGCGGCGAGCCGGGGCGCUGGUUCCUUCGACCCAUCCCGCGUGGUUCAACUCUCUUGGCGCCCCAGGGCGUUCUUGCACAAGGGUUUCCUGUUGGAUGCGGAGUGCGACCACCUCAUCGCGCUGGCCAAGGACAAGCUGGAGAAGUCUAUGGUGGCGGACAACAAGUCCGGUAAGAGUGUCCAGAGUGAGGUGCGCACCAGUUCCGGCAUGUUCCUCGAGAAGAAGCAGGAUGAAGUAGUAACGAGGAUAGAGGAGAGGAUAUCUGCUUGGACAUUUCUUCCACCAGAGAAUGGUGAAGCCAUUCAGAUAUUACACUACCAGAAUGGUGAGAAAUAUGAACCCCACUACGACUACUUCCAUGACAAAAAUAAUCAGGCCCUGGGCGGCCAUCGCAUUGCCACUGUGCUGAUGUACCUAUCAAAUGUCGAGAAGGGUGGAGAGACCAUCUUCCCCAAUGCAGAGGGGAAGCUAUUGCAACCCAAGGACGACACUUGGUCUGAUUGUGCAAGAAACGGAUAUGCAGUUAAACCGGUAAAGGGUGAUGCCCUGCUGUUCUUCAGUCUCCACCCUGAUUCAACAACAGACUCUGACAGCUUGCACGGUAGCUGCCCCGCCAUCGAAGGCCAGAAGUGGUCCGCGACUAAAUGGAUCCAUGUGAGGUCAUUUGACCUCACCGUCAAGCAGCCGGGUCCCUCUGAUGGAUGUGAGGACGACAAUGUCCUCUGCCCCCAGUGGGCGGCCGUGGGCGAGUGCGCCAAGAACCCUAACUACAUGGUGGGGACCAAGGAAGCACCUGGCUUCUGCCGGAAGAGCUGCAAAGUAUGCGCAGAGUAAGGUAUCGGUCCUCUGCGUCUGAUGAGUAAUCGUGGCGUACGUGUUACGUAGUUGCUGUCACCAUUUUACCAGGGUUUAGGUACGACCGAGUACAGCAUGUAUAAGACAGUACAAACCCGGAAGAAGGAAUCGUAAGAGUUAGGGGACGAGUUACCAGGGUUUACCGAGUUAAAGCUGAGCAAUCUAAUCAAUGGCAACAGUUCGAGC